CCUUCACUUUGACAUGGCCCAAGUCAGUGCAGAAGACUCCUGAGCGGCUCUGCAUGGCAGAGACGAGGUCUGUCUGGGAAGGGCUGCGAUGCAGUUCCUAUUGGCUGCUCUCUAAGGCCCGCAAUCCUGAGGGGAAGCCAUUUGACCAGAGCUCAGCAGGGAAAUGCUCCCUGCUUCUACUCAGACACUUCCAGAGCAACUCGAGGCUUACUUGGGACAUAAUCACCACAUAAAUAGCACAUGAACAGCCCCACACAACAGCUUUUGCCUUCAGCUGAGCCGUGUCUCUGCUUGCUGCUUCUGCCAGCUCUCAGGAGCCAACUUCCCUGCUCCUAAUUGCUUGUUGCUGCUUUUUCCCCGGCCCAUUCCUUCCAGGUCCCGCUAGGAGAGGUUCUUGCCAGUCAGGACUCCUCGGCCCAGGCAGGAAAGGCGGAGCGGCAGGAGAGCACGGAGAGAGCGCGCCGCGCCCCCGAGUUCAGGUGGAAGGAGUUGGCUGCAUUUGAGAGCAAGCGCCACUCCUCACUAGAGCGGGCGUCUGAGGUGGCGGCGCAGACACCAGAGGAAUCGCAGCCUCAGAGGGAUCUGCUAAAGGAAGCGGUUCCUCUGGCAGUGCCAAAGAGGAUGUGAGGGGCCUUCGUCGUGAGCUGCUAGCUCUGAGAUCCCUCAGCCAGCAGCAAUGUGAAGACCUGGCUCAACAGCUCCGCUGGGCAGAAGAGCAGUGCGGGAAGGCUCUGAGGCUCUGGCAAUCUGCUCAGAAAGUGGAAGAAAGGAAGCUCGUGCAAAAACUGGUAAGAAACAAUAGGCACCGGAAGAUUUCAGCCACGUUUGGAGGGCUGGCUUAGCAGAAGAGCAGCCUGAGUAUGUGACAUGGCCGCAAGCAUCUGCUCUGGGCUCCACCUUGCUGAGCCAGGCAGCAGGGGGCUUCAAGGUAUUUCAGCCGCUGGCCUGCCUUGGGACUGGGUCAUCGAUGUGCUGGCCUGGUCCUGCAGUCCAUCUGCAGCUCUUCCUUGAUCAAAGGGCAGGGGGACUUUGAGAACAGAGCCUCUGAGAACAGGCAGAAAUCCUGAGGAGAGAGGGCCCAGAGAGCAGGUAGCCAUCAGAGCAGGGAAGGAAGGUGGCAUCCCUUCCUUCCACCUGCUGACACUCGGAGUCGCAACAGCAUUGCUGGAGGGCACAAAGUCGCUACUAAUGUGCACUUUUCGGGCGGGGGGAGGCAGGGCUGUUGGAGGCAUGAAGCUUCCAUUUUUUUCUUUGGGGAGCAUUGCUGGGACUUCAUCUGGAAGUGUCUCUUGCCCUCAUCAGGAGAGACAACUGGCACAACAGCACUUGGAGGCGCGGGAGCAGCUGGAGGAAUGGGCAAACUUCCUGGCAGAGGACAAGCUGCAGGCAGAGCUGCAGGAAGCUCAGAGGAAGAUGAAGGCAAUGGAGAAGAGGCACCAAGAAGAAAUGGAAAGGAUGCACAAGGUCCUGCUGCAGUACAGGCCGGCUGCACAAAAGCAGAUGGACGCAGGAUCUGCCGCCAAAGGUGCCGCUGCAGCAGCAUCCGAAGAAGAAGCCUCCUCUCCGCAGCCUGAAAAGCCGAGCGUGAGCAGUUGGCCCCGCUCAAGCCAGGAAAGGGAGAAGCAGUUCCUGAAGCUGCUGAGGCGUGUGGUGAGUGUGGGAGAUCCGGAAAAGAAGUACAUCGGAUGGAAACGUAUUGGCAGUGGGGGUUUUGGAACUGUUUAUAAGGCCUUCGACGCUGCCACAGGACAAGCGGUGGCUGUAAAGCAACUUAAUCUCCAGCACCAGGGCUUCGAGGAAGUGUUAAAUGAAAUCCUGGUCAUGCGUGAAAAUGGGAGCCCCAAUAUCGUCACCUACUUUGAAAGCUACCUGGUCAAUGAGGCUGUCCUGCUGGUGUUGGAAUACAUGGAUGGAGGCUCCUUAGCUGAUGUGCUCAGCAUGAGAAGGAUGGCUGUAGGACACAUAGCAACAGUGUGUCGGGAGUGCCUGCAAGGCCUGGCUUUCCUUCAUGCCAACCAGGUGAUCCACAGAGACAUCAAAAGUGACAACAUCCUUCUGGGCCGGGAUGGCUCCGUCAAGUUGGCUGAUUUUGGCCUCUGCGCUCUGCUCAGCCCUGGGCAGAGUAAACGGAGGUCGAGGGUCGGCACCACUUGCUGGAUGGCACCCGAGGUCGUGAGAAGAGAGCCAUACGGCCCCAAAGUGGACACCUGGUCCCUUGGCAUCGUGGGAAUAGAAAUGGCCAAAGGAGAGGCUCCUUAUAUUCGGGAAACCAGUGAGAGGGUAAGGUGCGAUUACGCUCAGAUAGCCGUGUCCUGCUGGUCCCUGUCCGUUGGACAAAAUCCCCUUCCCACAGCCUGAAGUGCUUCCACCAAGGCCCACUUCUAAAAACGUCCCUGGGGCUCCCAUCAGCUGUCAAGGCAAGACCUGCUGCAGCUUGCAAUAGCUGGGGCUGCUCUGGGACCUUUGUUCCUUUGGGAGACAAGGCUCAUCUCUAACCAUCUGCUGAGGCAAGAAAUUGCCACUGUAGACUGGAGCUUAAAAGAUGGGGUCUAGCUGAGCGCUGAAGGAUGUGGAAGAAUCACAGAGAGUCUCAUGUUUCCUUUUGCUUCAGGCUAACUACCUGAUAGGCAAGCAAGGGGUACCAAAUCUGCACAAGCUCAGGCUACCCCCUGGCCUGUGUGCAUUUCUGGGCUGCUGCCUGCAGAUGGAUGUGGACAGGCGAGGCUCUGCCAAGGAACUUCUGCAGGUACAAGGCAAAGCGGCUGCAGGCCAAACAGCCGUUCCCUGUCAGGGUUUGCUCCUCGGCCAAACUCCAGGGAAUCAGACGGGCCCCCCCCAUCGUAAACUCCGCUCGGGGUGCUUUUCAAAUGAAAACCAGGUGGGACCCAAGACUGCUUGAGGUUAGAAGGGACAAGUGAAGCUCAUCUACUCUAAAGCCACGGCCCCUGGCAAGGACAUCUUCAAGCAGAUCAGGUUGCUCAGAGUCCCAUCCAAACGGACCUUGAAGGUUGCCGGGCUUGGGGCUCUCCCCAGCUCUCUAGGCAGCCUGUGCCAGUGUUCCAGCACUUUCCUCGUAACCAGUUUCUUCCUUAGAGCCAAUCUGAGUCAAGUGUCUUUUAGCUUAAAACCGUGGCCCCUUGUCCUCUUGCAAUUGGCCCUGCUAAGAGAUAUGUCCCCAUCCUUCUUAGAAGCCCCUACAACUAUGGAAAGGUCUCCUUGGGGCUUGCUCUUCUCCAGAGCACAACAAACA